AUGACCUCAACACGGGUUCUACUCGUGCUGCUGAUAGUUAUCAAUGUUAUUAGAGCACAAAAUAACCCGGUUUUUAAGAAAUUUGAAUAUAAGCAUUCGUUCCGUGCUCCAAAUCUAGCUCAACGCGAUGGAUCGAUUCCAUUCUGGAUUGUUAGUGGUGAUGCUAUUGCUUCUGGAGAACAACUUCGUUUGGCUCCAUCAAUGAGAAGUAGAAAAGGUAUCGCAUGGAAUAAAAGAGCAUUCGUUGAGAGUGAAAACUUCCAGGUGGAUAUCGCUUUGAAAAUCGGAGGACAAGGACGUGUUGGAGCUGACGGACUCGGAAUCUGGUAUACCUCACAGCUUGGAGCACUCGGACCUGUCUUUGGAGCAAACGACUUCUGGACCGGAAUGGGAUUGUUCAUGGAUUCUUUUGAUAAUGAUGGACAAAAGAAUAAUCCACAAGUGUCGUUGAUGCUUAACGAUGGAACAAGAUCUUACGAUCAUCAUACCGAUGGAUCACAACAGAUUUUGUCAAGUUGCCAACGCGACUUCCGUAACAAGCCAUACCCAGUGCGAGUUCGUAUCGAGUAUAUGAAGAACGUGCUCACAGUUCAUGUGGACGAUGGAAUGCAACCAACUCCACGUUACGAACUUUGUAUGAGAGCUGAGAACAUCUUCUUGCCAAGAAACGGAUACUUCGGAGUCUCUGCUGCCACUGGAGGACUCGCUGAUGACCACGAUAUUCUUGAUUUCUCAGUCUUCUCGCUUUUCAAUGAGCAACAAAAGCCAGUGCCAGCUGCUGAACAGAUUCCACAACAGGAGAAGCAAAAGUAUGAUGAGGAAUUCGAGAGACAGAUGAAAGAGUACGAGCAGGAGAGAUCGAAAUUCAAGGAGCAACAUCCGGAUAAAGUGAAAGAGGAUGAUGAAUACGAUCCAAGCAAAUAUUACGAGGAUGCGACUGCUCGCGAACUUCGAUUGAUCUACGAGUCUCAGAAUGCGAUUCAUCAGGUUAUGCAGAAUAUGGAUCAACGGUUAGCGCAGAUUCAACAAGCGCAACUCUCUGGCGCUGGUGCAGCAGCAGUCCCUCAAGCCGGUGGAGUCCCUCCUGCUGCGGUCAGCGGAGGAGCUGGUUUCUCACAGCCUGAAAAGAAUGAAGUUAUCACGUCAUUGCGUGACUUGACUCAAUCCGUUCGUGACAUGAAACAAUAUGUCAAUGAAAUCUUCACGAAGACGUAUAACAUUGACCAAAAAAUUGUUCAGCAAGGAGGAGGCGGUGCUGCUGGCGGAGUAGACAGUAGCAUGCACCAGAAAGUGGAUUCGUUGCUCAACGAAUUGAGAACAGUUCGAGCGACGCAAGUACAGACGAGUGGACCAGGUGGAUCAGCGAAUUGUCCGAAUGUCUCUUGCGUUUCAUCAACUAUUUUUAUGCUCAUCAUUAUUGUUCAAUCAGUAAUUAUCAUCGGUGUCGUCUUUGUUCGAAGCAAGCAAGACAAGGCGAAAUUCUACUAA